UUUAAUAUUAUUGAUUUCCUUUUAGAGAUAAGUUAAUAAUUGAUAAACGGUAUUGCAUAAUUGGUAAAGUAUGAAACUAUGUGGCCUUGGUUUAAUGAUAAUUGAUAAAUGGCACUUCUAUAUAUUUGUGUUCUAUGGCUACGUGGCUUUUAUUUAAAUAGUUGAUCAACGGUACUUCUUCUUAUAAAGUACGUGGCUUUGGUUCAAAGCAGAAGUCUGAAGAAGGCAUUCCUGCAAAGUUGAUUUGCACCAUGUCCGUUGCAGAAUUAACAAAAAUAGUGUCUCCAGCCUUUACCGAAACAGUUUUAUUAGAUAUAAUUGGUCGCAAGCACCCUUUAAAGGAUUUGCAAAUAUUAGAAAUCGAAAUCGAUAAUGCUGGUACUAAAAAGGGGGAUUCGUAUUUAAGUACUAUCUCUCGGUUUAAAAUCACUGCUAGUGGGGUUAACGAUGGUGGGAAAACUGAAAAAGUGAUGAUACCAGUUAUUGUCAAAUUUUUCCCCAAAAAUGUCCCAAGGCAAAAAACAUUUCGAUCAGCGGAAUUUUUCAAAACGGAGAUACAGUUUUACUCGUUGGUAUGGCCGGAGAUGCAAAAAACUAAAUUAGAAAAACAUCAAGACGAACCAGACAUAGUCCCACUGUAUUUGGCAGGUUAUGUGGACGGCCAAAACGACUUUAUAGCGCUAGAAGACCUCAGCUACGAUCACUUCAAAUCGUCAGGGCGUAAUGACGACAUUACAAGGGAGAAACUGUCGGUAUUCUUAAAAACUCUUGCCCACUUCCACGCUUUAGGUAUAGCAACGAAAUUAAGAAAUCCGGACUUUGAAAAUAUCGCCUCGUCGGCCCUAGAAGAGACUUACUUUGCCGAAAGAUUACGUAGCUGGUACGAGAAUUUUAUGUAUCAAAGUAUGAGGCCUAAAUAUAUACAAGCGGCCAAAGCACUUUUGCCCAGCAAAUAUGAGAAGAAGAUUUCCGAUUUGUUUUCUAAAGAUUUAUUUGGUGAAGCCAUAAAAUGUUGCAUUGCUCGCAAUAAAUUAACUUCGGUCACUGAAGGGGAUUCUUGGCUGCCAAACUUCAUGUUUAAAGAAGAGAAUGGACAACUGAGAGCUAUGCUUAUAGAUUUUCAACUGGCAAGAUAUGGACCGAUAACGAACGACUUACUGCACUUUUUAAUAUCAGGAGGACCAGAGCAGUUGCUUGAAAAUCAUUGGGAUGAAUUGAUAGCGGAGUAUCAUCAAUAUUUAAGUGAAAAGAUUGAACAGCUCACUGGAAAAAAGGAUUAUAUUACUUUGGAGGAAAUCCAUGACCAAAUUAGGAAAUAUCCGUAUGUUGGAGUCGUUAUGGCCCUGGAGAGCACUCUCAUGUCUCUUUUGAAGGACAAUGAAGUGGCUGAUUUGGACUUUUUGGAGGGUAACGACGCGUAUCCCCUAGAAGUAGUUUGGAAGUUACCAGACUUCGACCAACCGAGGAUCCAAAGACUGGCCUUCCUGGUCAAACUGUUCGUCGAAAAAGGCCUUAUAUGAACAAAUAAAAACAAGAAAACAUUAAGAAAGAAAAA